AUGGACAGUACGUUCCGUCCCGGGGGGGUGGUCUUUACUGGUGAUCCUGCAGGUCCGAGUUUGCAAAGUCUUCGUCAGGCCAGGAGCGCCAAGGAGGUAGAAUUGAAACUCAAGCCACAGUCAGACGAGCUGUUGAAUGACAAUGAUCGGUUCCACCUUGCAGUUGGACUGCUAGGAGGAGGGGCACGAGAACGGGCGUUCCAUUUGGAGAGUACAAUGGAGAACAAGGGAGAGUCGCUGGCGAACAUGUUUCAGAGAAUGAAGAUCCUCAUGGUCACUCUCAACCAACCCGAGCAGAAAAGCGUGUUCAAGCUGCUAGACUGUCUUAAGGCCAAGCACAUGGCCAGCGAAGUCGAGAGUCACUUCAACCACAUGCAUUUGGAUCCGAACCUGUGGACGGUUGACCAAGUGUCCAACAUAGCGCUCCAGAUUGAACGCGGACGCAGUGAAAAGGAACUCCGGACAGGCAAAUCGAGUCACUUUGACACUGUGAGCAACAAGUGUGGCAGCAAUAGUUCUGGUGGUGGGUCUGCAAAGACUGGCAAAGCAUGUCAUAAUUGCGGCGACCCUAACCACUUGCAGAACGCGUGUCCCCAUCCACCACGAGGAAAGCCCAAGCCCGCCAAGCCAGUCACCUCUGUUGCACGUUUUGCCAAUCCGAGGGCUAACAACAAGCCUGACGCGGAUAAGACGUGUUACAAAUGUGGCGAGACAGGCCACAUUUCAAGGGACUGCACGAAGCGGCAAUCUGGCGGCGAGAUGUCAAAGAGGAAGAAGGGGAAGCCGUGGUGCUCGCACCACAACAUUAACACUCACUCGACUGAGCAAUGCUGGGUACUGCAUCCAGGACUGUCGCCAAACUUUGCUAUGGAGAAGCCGCAAGUCAAGCAUGCGCGGUCGGCAAAGAAAGCUACGGAGGCUAUUUUUGCAAGCAUGUCCGCAGCAGACAAGCAUGCAGCUUAUGAGGAUUGGCAGGCAAAACAAUCUGGGUGGGACGGUCCUGCUGACGCCUACACGGGUGAUGUCAUUGAGCUAAACGAAACCCUUGUUCCUGCUCUUGCUGCAGCUAAUCAAGGUGAGAGCAAGACCGCGGGGCUGCCAAAGGCGCUUGAAGAGGCGCCUGGCGCAGGUGGAGAUAGCGAGUUGCCUCAAUCGUUUGAGGAGCUUGCCGAAACGGACUCCAUGUACCAGGGAAAGCCCGAUUAUGAGCUUCCGACGUCGCAAGUGGUGCAAAGUCCGGUUCUUGAGGAUGGGAUUUCGGGUGAAAACUUUGUGACGGACCUGUUUGGUGUUCAAAAACCAUUGUACGGGUACCGAAAUGAUGCCAGCAGGGACGGUUUGACCAGCGACAUGUCGGACAGUGAGGUCCAAUCAGACCAAUCAGGUCUAGGUACCCUUGGUAAAGUGCCUGACACGUCACUAACCGAUCCUUCAGCUCAUGCAGAGUUGGAGGGAGGCGUGGCGGCGGACAUGGAACUGCGGGGACGUCAAUGCCUGGAACGGUGGAUCCGUUUGCAGAAGCCGCCGAUCGUGAUUGAGGGAGGUGAGUUGUUAGGGGAAUACAGGGAUAUUGCCCCUGAGGCUUGGCCAGCAACAGUGCGCGCCAACUACCACAUAUUUGAGGUGCAGGCGUUGCUUGGAGGCCCAGUAACUGAUGAUGUCCGAAAUGCUGUGCGAGCGCUUGGGGAUGACUCAGAACAGGGUUUUCUGGCUGGGGUUGUUUGGGGAAUGUUCUCCGGGGGCCCAAGACCAGAUGUCGCACUGGCCAGCGCACGGCGCUUGGUAGCAGAACGGGGAGAAGAGGGUAGUGGAACCAGCACGGGGCUGAGACGACUUGGCGAAGUCAAGUCUGGCCAAUCUGGCGCAAGCGUUCAAGCACGGACGUGUUUUUAUUUGAGCGGGCGGACUGCUUGCAGCCGCCAUUCCAAGGACCGUCGCAUCGCCCCAGCCACCACGCGUGCAUGGGCCAGCAGCAGCGACAGUACCGGCCCCAGCACUGACUCCAAUGACGCCACCUGGGUUCACAACACCCAAGGCGGCCCCAUUACGGAGCCCUGCUCUCACGACUGGAGGGAACCAGCACGUGCAGCCGGAGUUACCAGGUUCGUCAGCAUCAGCUCACGGCUUUGGCAGGCUACACCUGCUUGGGGCGGAUACACUGUGGACAGGUUGGCUCGUGAAUGUGCUCAGAGACAGUCAGAGGAUGAGCUGCUCCAAGAGUUGUUGAACGAUGGCGUGUUGUUCGACUGCAAAGGGGACAGCAAGUUCGACAUGUUCUGGGACAACGUGGUAGAAUCCUUUGAGAGUGAGCGGUGGGCGUCAGCCCCGCAAAAUGCGCUCCAAGUUGCAGGAGUGCCCACUGUGGUGGAACUAUGUGAUGUCUCCUCUUCGGGUAUGAGUGCGCUGUUGGGAUCGUUGCCUGCUAGUUUUACCGCAGACAAGGACUUGGAAGUCCACAAAGCCCCAAGGCUGGACAACUGUCACCCCCGCCGGCUUGCUUGUACAAUAAACGGCGAGGUGCUUCAGCACCUGGUGGUUGAUACGGGGUGUGAAAUGAUCGUCAUGGGCAGGGGAGCGGCUAGGCAAGCAGGAAUCAAGCCCAGCAUGAUGCAAAAAGGCGCCGUUGCGCUGCGGUGUGCAGAUGAACGGGUUACUGCGCCGUUUGACCGAUCCUUAGAGCGAAUUCCGGUUGUGCUUAACCCAGGCACGGCGGAUGAAACCACUAUUGGUGCAUGUGUGGUUGUCACACCAGGAGACAAUGAUAUUGUGCAGCUCGGAAUGAGUGCGAUUGGGAAGGUCGGACUGACUGCGAAUGCCUACAAAGGCAAGAUGAAAUACUACAAGGACUGGAAGAUCGACAAGGGGAACAACUUUUGUGCGGAUACCUGCUGUGUUUGA